AUGACACAGAGAAAAAGAUCAUCUCCUGAAGAUGACCUUAGUAACUCAUCAGAUUCAGAGCUUGAAUCACCUCAGUUAGAAAAUGACGAUGAUUUAAAGACACACUAUUACAUAACCCCCAAAACAAACAGCACCGACUCGUCAUUUGAAAAUGUUUACUGCAGAGUAACUAGUCAACCAAAGCAACCACAGAAAAAUACCACGCCAUUCUUGAGCUUGUUGGACGGAAAUGAGUCUAGUGAAAAUGUGCUGCGCAGAUUUGAGUUGUACAAUCAGGUAUGGGCAAAUCAAUCGGACAAAAUUCAGUCAAUUUUAAAUAAUGCCAACGAUGAACUAUUCAAGGAUUUGAUCCAAUUUGUAAAUCUAGAAAACUUACAACAACUAUCAGUUGGAUAUGUGCAAUUGACAACAAACACUGCCAAUAACUUGAGAAUCUUGCAGGAGUUUUAUCAAUACAUUCAGAGAAAGUCAGACUACGACUAUAAAUUAAUUACUCUUAAUUCCAAGCAUUUUACAUACAAUAUAAAGGCAACGUUGCGAGAAGUUGUCAAACAGUUUUAUGACACCUGCCAGAUAGUUGAGGAAAUGCACAGGCUAAACUAUGAUCUUGAUGCUAUUGAUGAUUGGUUCGAUGAAGAAAGAUUGUACAACUCGAGGUUAGUUUUGGUUUUAGAAGAUACCAAUUUGAUUAACAAUCAACUUUUAAAUCAAUUACUCAAAAUAUUGCUGUCAUAUGUUGGAAAAUGGCCUCUCAAAAUUGUUAUGGGACUAUCAUGUGAAACAGUCAGCUCAUGGAUAAAUGGUAACUUGACUAAUGAACUAAGAAUUGGGAUUGAAGGUCACAAGUUUAAAAGUAAUGACAAUAAGAGUUUGGGAUAUAUCAUUUUAAACAACUUAUUCUUGACACCAGAAUUGACACCAGAGAAUCCAUUGUUGAUUAAUAGUACAUUGAGUACAAUUAUUUUGAAUAGGUUUGAAAACUCAAAUAAUUCUAUCGAUGCCUUGAUUGCCGAGAUAAAAUUAUGUUAUAUGAUUUAUUUUUACCGACUGCCCUUGUCUAUUCUUAUUGCGGAAGAGAACCCUCAACCUCAAGAAUUGUAUGCAGAUGGAUUAAGGAAACUCUCUUCAUUUAAAAAGUACAUUGAAUUAAAGCUACACCAAGGUGACCGCAGUGUCAAGGAUUUGUUAAAUAAUGACAAGUCAGUGAUAAAACUAUUCAACGAAUCACGAAGUAAUUUCCGGAAAUUCAAAUUAGCUGUUAUGAAUGCCAUCAAUAUCAUUUACCAAUUACAUCCUAAUAAACCGAAACAGAAAUUUGAGCUUUAUAAAUUAUUAAUCAAUCAUAAAUUGCUAAAUUCAAAAUACUUGUACGAACUGGUGAAAAACUUGUCCAAACUAUCAGAUUCAGUUCUUGGGAAAGUGCUUAUUGGGUUGACAGACAAUUGCACGGAGAUACUUGAUGGAAUAAGUGACAACCAUUUAAUUCAACUAAUAAAAGGCUUAGGUGAAUUGUCAGAUUUGAGAGGCGUCAGCGAUAAACUUCAAAAUUAUUUUGAUAACAGUAUAUUAACUACACCUUUGGAAUACAUGGUAUUUCAUGAAGUGUUUUCCAUGGACGGAGGUCUAAUCCAAGAGAAAUUCACGAAGCCACCAUUGUUUGAAGAAAAUUACGAAAACUUGAUGAUCAACUUGUUGCGACCAAAUCUCAGAGCUACAAUAGAGCGUGGCUUGGAUAACUAUGAAACCUAUUUGGCCAAUCCGUUGAUUGAAAAUAGUGUAGAACAACCAUUGAUGCCACCAACAUUGACUCAUUUGUUUAAAUUGUACAAGGAAGCACCAACAACUAUCAAUUUAUACGACUUUUAUCAGGCGUUCAAGUCUACUUUAGAUGAAAAAGAACUCUCAUUGCAGUUGUCAACAAAUGAGGACUGGGAGAAAUUAACUUAUGCGUGGUUUGUCCAAAAUUGCCACGAGUUGAUGCUUAUGGGAAUUUUACAACAAAAACCAAAGGGUGAUUUUUUGGAAAAGGCAAUAUGGAAAGGUAUCUAA